UCGAAGCCACUACCCUGGCAUUACAAGCGCCGUGCUCUACCAGCUGAGCUACAGAGGAAUCCCAGGUUUCAUGAAUCCUAGGUUGUUACCAUUGCUUUCACCCCAGUUUAUUUGGUCUCCUAGCAACACAAGCCAAAUGAGCAAAGUAUUUGUUACUGAGCUGAAUAUGUUUUUAUAAAAAAUAUAUAAUAAUUACAUAUUAUUAAGACGGUGGUUAUAUAUCUGUAGGAGCAGUAUGACCAGACCUGUAAAGGAGUUGAGACAAGAUGAUAAGGCCCUGAGACCACUUACAUGGGAGAGCCAACACAACACCAUGCAGCCUGGCCAAUAACAAACCAUGAGAAGUGUUUUCCUGAUGCUGAUGCUGUCAAUCACACAUACCCAGAGCCUCUCCUCAUGUCCAGCCUCCUGUGUGGUGUGUUCUGAAGACGCUGUCAUCUGUUACAAGCUCUCCAACAUCCUAGAGGCCCCUGAGACCACCAAGGCCCUGAUGCUAACCGACGGCUCCAUCGUGUCCGUGGACCGCCACUUCCUGUCUGACAUGUCCAGCAUGACCGUGCUGUCCCUCAGCCACAACGCUAUCGCCACCAUCUCCCACGACGCCUUCCAGAACCUCACUGUCCUCCACACCCUCCUCCUGGACCACAACCGCCUCUCCAGCCAAGCCCUGGGGAGGGACACUUUCUCCUGGCUGCCCAGGUUGGAGAUCCUCCAGCUGGGGAACAACGCCCUGGGGGAGGUCAACGGCUCCUGGUUCCACGCCGCUGGGGCCCUGCGGACGCUGCAGCUGGAGGGGAACCACCUCUCCAGGCUGGAUGCCACCACCUUUGCCUCGGCUGACCUCCAGGGGCUGGAGAUCCUGGAUCUGUCCGAUAAUCUGAUCACAUAUCUGGGGAGGGAUAGCUUCCGGGGCCUGCUGGGGCUCCGGAGUCUGGAUCUGUCCAGGAAUCAGCUCCGGAGCGCCCCGACAGAGGCGUUUUCGUACCUGUCGUGGAUGUCUAGUCUGAACCUGGAACUAAACCGGUGGGACUGUACGUGUGAGCUGAGGGAGCUGGCGUCUUUCCUCACCAGCUAUAUGGAGGCUCCGGAUAAGGUACUGUUCAAUGGGCGUAGGAUGGUGUGUGUGAGUUCUGACAACCCGGCAGUGAAGACUGUGCUGGAGCUGACAGAGGCCAACUGUGUUCCGCCCAAUCAGAACAUCACAGUGCAGGUUGAGGCUAAGAACUCCAUCUCCUCUCAGCGCUAUACCAGAGACCUGGCUCUGGCUGCAGCCUUCUGCUUCGCUGGUGGCGUUGGACUCACCCUAGCUGUGGUGUAUAUCGUUUACCGUAAACUGGGGAUGAACAAGAGCCUCAAGGUCUGGAGAGACAGGACUGGAGCUAAGGAGGAGGAGAGUGGGAGGACAGCUCCCACCCAAACAGUCACCCAGUGGGAUCUGAGCAGGGAGAAUGAGGCCCUACGUAUGGCUCAAAUGGGACUGGAAACCAAGCUGAUGAUUCCCAAUAGCCACCUUCAGCCCUGGGACAGGGAGAGAGCCAUGUUUGACCUGAGAAUAGGCAAAGAUGGCAGCCAUUUUACAUGCCCCCAUUGUGGCCCUACAGUCAGUGGGUCUGCAAUUGAACAGGGGGUAGGAGAUGGACACUUAGGGGCAGCCCUGCACAUGCUCAGACAAGGAGGAGGCCAGCCCAACAAGAUGGAGAGUCUGGCCAUGACAGAGGAGAGCGAUGAGAGGAAGAGACAUGUGCCCCAGCAAACACUCAUGUCAAAGACAGAAGAUCUAAGGGGUCAAAGGUUAUUGGUCGGGCCACCAGAGGGUCAGAGCAACCAUAUUCUUAGUCAGGAGGAGUUACUCUAUCACCAGCAGGGUUUUAAUAUAAAAAGCCAUGAUGGUCCUAAUGGCAACAAUAAGCUAUUGGGUGGCAGCAGUUACUAUUCACCUCCACAUAGAAACAUGCCCACACAUAAAAGUCUAAAAGAUGAGAUGGUAAGGCCUGGAAAUCACGUAGGCCUUGACUACAGACCGUCAAAAAUGGACUUCCAAUCAGAGCAUGGUAGACCUGUACCUGACUACCAACCCCAAACCGUCAGCUGUGUGAACUGUUACAGAACCUAUGAGUACGGACAGCCAGGGGAGAAAGUCAGAGAUGUAUUGUAUGAAGUCAAUUCAAGAGAAUCUGCUGGGUAUGAUGGUUCUCCCAACCACAACCCACUGACAAGACUAAACAUCCGAAGGAACAUGAACUACAACCAGUCUAAUAUGGAUAUCUAUGCAAAGCAUGCAAUCAAGCAGAGGAGUGUGACUUUUGACUUGGAAAGAUCUGGAGUGCAUGUCGUUGAUGUACAAAGGAUGAACCAUGAUAGGAAAGGUAAACAUGACAGGAUUAAAAGUUAUAGGAAAGCGGAAUAUGGUGAUAAACAGAUCCUGAGCUAUGAAAGCAUUGGACGAUCUGUGAGGAGUAAUGGUCUUGAAAGAGAGGACCACUCCAAAAGGGAUAAACAUAAAGCCCAGUCAGAUGGUUUACUAAAAGUGAAGCUCAACCUUAACCCUCUUAAGAAAAGCAAGGUCCAUCCAGGGAAAAACAGCCACGAGAAACUAGAACAGGGUGAUAGAGAACGAACUGACUCCAAGAACCGAAAACAACUGAAAACGAGGGGUAAAUAUGCCAAAGGCAAAAGGCACAACCAGGAAGAGUCUAUAGAAAAAACAGACAAAUCCAAUAAAGGAAACUCGUCUCACAAAAACAAAGCCAAUCAGUCAUCCAAAAAGAUAUCUACCACCACUAAGUCUAAAGAAACUGAUGACAAUGAAGAUGAUGAUGAUCAAGAGAAGGAAGAUCCAGUGCCACAGGAAAACAAUGCAUCCUCCAAGCAAAAAAAGACAACCUCAAAAUCAAAAUAUCAGGAGGGCUCGAAUGGUGACCAUUCCAAGGAGAGUAGAGCGGCUCAAGAUCAGAAGACCGAAGUCUCACAAGAUAAAACUGGAGGAGAAACAGAGGAAUCUGGUGGAGCACCUAUACCAAGUAAUGUGAGUCCUUACCAGUCAUACCUCAACAGAGCUGGUGAGAGUUCAACCCAUGGGCAACAGGUGGAACAAUACAGAAAUGGACAAGGCCAAGCACUGAUCACUGAGGUGCCCCAACACCCCGGUUACCUAAGCGAUGGAGUGACUCUUCAGAGGGCAUUGAGUAGCCCACAACUGUCAGCAGCAAAGUCCCUCAAAGGAAUGGAAAGGACUUCCAGUUACAGUAACCUUGCUGUCCAGGGAGGAAACUCUAUACUAUUACAAAACACUGUUGCACCAAACACCAUUUACGGUGGCAACUCACAGGCUCAAAGUCUGAGUAGACAAGGCAGUUUAGGUCCGCCAUCUUUACUGACUAACAUCCCACACACAUCCCCACUAUAUACAGGCAAUGCAGGGAGCUCACCUGUAAAUCCACUGAUUCAGCUGUUGUCACAGUCAGUUCCAGGCAACUUUAACCAGGGGGCCAUGAUCGGCUCUCAGCCAGCCCAGUUUCCAGUACUCCAAAGAGUGGUAGAUCUCACUCUGCUUGCCCAGGGUCCAGGCUCACUAAAUGGGCAGAAUAUAUUGCCGCUUGCACAGGGUCCUGGUUCACUAAAUGGGCAGAAUAUCUCUCCACUUGCCCAGGGUCCUGGAUCACUAAAUGGGCAGAAUAUGUCUCAGGUUGCCCAGGGUCCUGGAUCACUAAAUGGGCAGAAUAUGUCUCAGGUUGCCCAGGGUCCUGGAUCACUAAAUGGGCAGAAUAUCUCUCCACUUGCCCAGGGUCCUGGAUCACUAAAUGGGCAGAAUAUAUCUCCACUUGCCCAGGGUCCUGGAUCACUAAAUGAGCAGAAUAUAUCUCAGCUUGCUCAGGGUCCUGGAUCACUAAAUGGGCAGAAUAUAUCUCAGCUUGCCCAGGGUCCUGGAUUACUAAAUGAGCAGAAUAUCUCUCAGUUUGCUCAGGGUCCUGGAUCACUAAAUGAGCAGAAUAUCUCUCAGCUUGCUCAGGGUCCUGGAUCACUAAAUGAGCAGAAUAUCUCUCAGCUUGCUCAGGGUCCUGGAUCACUAAAUGGGCAGAAUAUCUCUCAGCUUGCUCAGGGUCCUGGAUCACUAAAUGAGCAGAAUAUAUCUCAGCUUGCCCAGGGUCCUGGAUCACUAAAUGGGCAGAAUAUCUCUCAGCUUGCUCAGGGUCCUGGAUCACUAAAUGAGCAGAAUAUCUCUCAGCUUGCUCAGGGUCCUGGAUCACUAAAUGAGCAGAAUAUAUCUCAGUUUGCCCAGGGUCCUGGAUCACUAAAUGAGCAGAAUAUCUCUCAGCUUGCCCAGGGUCCUGGAUCACUAAAUGAGCAGAAUAUCUCUCAGCUUGCUCAGGGUCCUGGAUCACUAAAUGGGCAGGUAAUCUCUCAGCUUGUUCAGGUUCCUGGAUCACUAAAUGGGCAGGUAAUCUCUCAGCUUGCCCAGGGUCCUGGAUCACUAAAUGAGCAGAAUAUCUCUCAGCUUGCUCAGGGUCCUGGAUCACUAAAUGGGCAGGUAAUCUCUCAGCUUGCUCAGGGUCCUGGAUCACUAAAUGAGCAGAAUAUAUCUCAGCUUGCUCAGGGUCCUGGAUCACUAAAUGGGCAGAAUAUAUCUCAGUUUGCCCAGGGUCCUGGAUCACUAAAUGAGCAGAAUAUCUCUCAGUUUGCUCAGGGUCCUGGAUCACUAAAUGAGCAGAAUAUCUCUCAGCUUGCUCAGGGUCCUGGAUCACUAAAUGAGCAGAAUAUCUCUCAGCUUGCUCAGGGUCCUGGAUCACUAAAUGGGCAGAAUAUCUCUCAGCUUGCUCAGGGUCCUGGAUCACUAAAUGAGCAGAAUAUAUCUCAGCUUGCCCAGGGUCCUGGAUCACUAAAUGGGCAGAAUAUCUCUCAGCUUGCUCAGGGUCCUGGAUCACUAAAUGAGCAGAAUAUCUCUCAGCUUGCUCAGGGUCCUGGAUCACUAAAUGAGCAGAAUAUAUCUCAGUUUGCCCAGGGUCCUGGAUCACUAAAUGAGCAGAAUAUCUCUCAGCUUGCCCAGGGUCCUGGAUCACUAAAUGAGCAGAAUAUCUCUCAGCUUGCUCAGGGUCCUGGAUCACUAAAUGAGCAGAAUAUCUCUCAGCUUGCUAAGGGUUCUAGUUCAGGUCCAGGCUCACUAAAUGUAGAGAGUCUCUCUAACAACAACAGUAUGAACCCCGUGGCCGCCCCUGUUCUACAGGAGUACCUGUCCUCAGCAGAAGGCUCACCCAGAAGGAUUAGACUGGUGCUGCCUGAGAAAACCACUAACAGACCGCCAACUGCUCUGGAGAGGAAAAUCCGAUAAUAAGUAGAUUUGAAUUGUCCAAUUGGGUUUUCUUAUGGACUCAAAAAAGGGAUCACUCAAAAAUAACACUUCAUCUUAAUGCUCAAGUGAACUUAGAAUGAUCCUGUCUAUGACAGUGUCACGAUCGUCGGGAACAGAGGACCAAGGCGCAGCGUUGAAUGCGAACAUACUUUUU